AUGGUGGUGGGACAUUUGGCGGAUCGAACGCGCCACGCCAGUGCCCACUGGUCCUCCUCGUUCUGGCUCAUUCCGGCCGAAGACAGAGUAAAUCAUCUCGGGAUGACUGCUAGGACCUGGAGCGGUGCCCAAAGGGCUGGUAAACAAGCGUCGAGCCAGUGGCGAGCAGACACUGCAGACGACUCCUUCAAGGAAGGGGCCGGCACUGUCGCCCUCGAGGAGACAGAGCUCCUCCUGCUCCUCCUCGGGGCCCCGGGCACGGCCGGACCCAGACCCCAGGGGCCGUCGGUGUCCCUGUCCGCGACCCUGCACAAGUGGAGGGAAUAUCGGCAGCAGUGUCUCAGGCUCCUGUGGGAGACGCCGUCACCAGCCGCAGGAGUCACAGUUUGUAACAGAACAUUUGACGACUACGCCUGUUGGCCCGAUGGCAUCCCGGGGACCUUUGUCAACGUUACCUGCCCCUGGUAUCUGCCUUGGGCCAGCAAGGUCCCCCACGGACAGGCUUACCGCUUCUGCACCACCGAGGGCACGUGGCUGCGGGAGAAGAACGCCAGCCUGACCUGGAGAAACCUGACCGAGUGUGAGGACACCGAAAGGGGACAACUGAGUCCCCCCGAGGAGAAGUUUCUGUUUCUCUCCAUCAUCUACACGGUGGGCUAUGCCCUCUCCUUCUCCGCCCUGAUCGUAGCCACUGCCAUCCUCCUCCAGUUUAGACACCUGCACUGCACCCGGAACUACAUCCACCUGAACCUCUUCACUUCCUUCAUCCUCCGUGCCCUGUCCGUCUUCAUCAAGGACACCGUCCUCAAGUGGAUGUACAACACAACCACCCAGCAGCACCAGUGGGACAGAUUCCUUGCCUACCAGGAAUCUCUGAGCUGCCGCUUGGUCUUCCUGAUGAUGCAGUACUGUGUGGCCGCCAACUACUACUGGCUCCUGGUGGAGGGGGUCUACUUGUACACUCUGCUCGUGCUCUCCGUCUUUUCCGAGCAAAGGAUCUUCCGGAUCUAUCUGUGCAUUGGCUGGGGUGUGCCCAUGAUGUUUGUCAUUCCUUGGGGAAUAGUCAAAUACCUCUAUGAAGAUGAAGGCUGCUGGACCAGGAACACGAACAUGAACUACUGGCUGAUCGUCCGGCUCCCCAUCCUCAUCGCCAUAGGGGUGAACUUCCUCAUUUUCAUCCGCAUCAUCUGCAUCAUCUUUUCCAAGCUGCAGGCAAAUCUGAUGCGUAAAGCUGAUACCAAAUGCAGAUUGGCCAAAUCCACCCUCACCCUCAUCCCACUGCUGGGGACGCACGAGGUCAUCUUCGCCUUCGUGGUGGAUGAGCACGCCCGGGGGACCCUGCGCUACGUCAAGCUAUUUGCUGAACUCUCCCUCACCUCCUUCCAGGGGCUGUUGGUUGCCAUCCUCUACUGCUUCAUCAACAACGAGGUCCAGGCUGAAUUUCGGAAGAGCUGGGCCCGCUGGAGGCUGGAGCGCUUGUCCAUCGAGAGGGACAGCAGCAUGAAGCCCACCCAGUGUCCAGCCGGCAGCAUAAGCAGCGGAGGUAGCGUCUACGCGGCCACUUGCCAGGCUUCCUGCAGCUAAAACUGCCCGUCAUCCCCUCUCGUCGUCUCAGAGGAAAAGCAACUUAACCGGAUUAUCUCCCUGGGAGGGGUAAAUCAUCGCCGGCUUUGCAGAGGAGGCGGUGGAUGUUCUGCUCGUUAAGGCACAAGGCCUCCAGGUGUCCGCAGACACAUCAGCAAAUCAACCCAGGUGCCAAACGCAAGGUCAAUGGCUUAUUAGUUGGGUGGGAGGGGAGAAGCCACGGCUCAGAAAUUGAUGAAAACUGCCCCGGGGGCUGCAGAUGAUAUUUUUGCUCCGACUCGUCCAGGCCACUGGCAUUUGCCCACUUCCAAGUUGCCCUAAACGGCCUCAUUGUUUUCCAACCCCAGCCACUGCAGUGCAUUUCCUAGCGACCCGGCCCACCUCCUUGGCUGGCAUCCUAUUAUUAUUAUUAUUAAUCGUAUUUAUUGAGCGUGUACUGUGUGCAAAGCAUUGCACUAAGCGCUUGGGAGCGUAUCAACCAUCAAACACGUGCCCUACCCCCAACGAGCUCACAGUCUAGCGGGGAAGACAGAUACCGGUAUAAAUAAAUCGAGAAAUAAAUAAAUGCUAAAAGGGGAUCCCCCUCUGAGGCUGGGGAGAUGGUAGAGGCCAAUUAUCAAUCAAUCAGUUAUCAAUUAUCAAUCAGUUACCAAUUCCGGAGCGAAAGCACUGUUUGAUGGUGGAGUGA